AUAUUACAAACUUUUGCUGACGUCUGCAAAAAAGGAAAGAGAAUCGUAUUGUCUCACUCAAAGCUAGCUAGACUAGACGUAGACUAGACACCCUCCCCUGUAUGUAAUGGAUCGUUACUUCCCUGUGUAUGAGGGCCGUGUGGCUGUGGCCAGCUUUAUCCUCUCUGUGUCUUCCCUACUGGUUCUAGCAGUGAAUGUCCAACCUCUUGUCGCUGCCAUUGUCGAAUCGAUUUGUUUGGCUCUACUGGCUCUGUUCUAUUCCAAACACAUUGUGAAAGUUGUUCUUGUAUCUUACGCUCUUGGAGUCGUAUUUGCGUUUGGAAUUUUAAUUGCUUUGAGCGGAAAAUCUUACGCGUUUUUGGGAGUGUACCUAAUGUCUUUGACAUUCUUUCAUUUGUCCGAGUACGUCACAACGUCUAUAUUCAAUGCACACACUCUGAGUGUCAAUUCCUUCCUCAUCAAUCAUAGCAGGGAGUACAUCAUAGCUGCCGUUGUAAGCUGGAUCGAAUACGGAGUAGAGUACUAUUUCUUCCCUCAACUCAAAUCCAUGAAAAUCGUGUGCAUAGUUGGUACUUUAUUGGUUGUUUUUGGCGAGUCAUUACGGAAGAUAUCAAUGUUUACAGCUGCCUCCAACUUCACCCAUAUCGUGCAAUACAGAAAAAGAGACUCCCACGAGUUAGUCACCUCUGGUGUGUACAGUGUAUUUCGACAUCCAUCUUAUGUGGGCUGGUUCUAUUGGAGUGUCGGCACUCAAGUUCUUUUAUGUAAUCCUGUGAGUCUGAUCGGAUAUGCUGCAGCUUCGUGGAUGUUUUUCAAUGAGAGAAUUUUUGAUGAAGAAAAGACAUUGAUACAGUUUUUCAAAGAAGAUUACGUGCAGUAUAAGAAAACUGUUGGCACUGGAAUUCCUGGAAUUCCUGGGUUUCCACUAGAGAAGGUGCCAUGGUUACUAAAACUGACAACUGGUAGCAAUUAGAUUAGAGCUUUUUCAUUGAACUUUGACUUUGUACAGUUAGAAAUGCGUAUACAUGACUUGUAUAAUUAGAAAUAAUCAUAGCUAUAAUUAUA